AUGUUAGGGAAAUUAGAAUUUUUGGUUGUUUUAUUAUUGUUUUGGGGGGUAAAUAGUUUCCCCGACGGCGCGCCUGUGGACGCGUGUGUGAAGGAUCGCGCGAAUCAGCCCAACCACGGACAGCAUCGCACACAGCCGUUGUCCACUCUGCCUUACAGGAUAAUCGCGUCAUCCUCUUAUUAUGGACCUAACUCGAGGAUUACAGUGUCCAUUACUGGGGCGGAACCUUUUAAAGGAUUUUUCGUCCAAGCUCGUUCAGUAGAGAAGAAUCAAUGGAUAGGGUCGUGGGAGGAAACACCAAAUACAACUGCUAUACCAGAAUGUUCGGCGAUCACUCAUGCCGACCCGAAGGAGAAAAUAAGAGCAACAUUUGUAUGGAAGGCCCCUGAGAAUUCGCAAGGCCGUGUGUACUUUACAGGCACAGUCUUGAAGAAUUAUGGAACGUUUUGGGCAGAUCUUAUUGCAGUAGCGCCACAGGACCCCAACGCGUUGCAAGUGCUAAUU